AUGAUGUCAUCGUAUUAUCAUACGGGGAAGGAGGCAGACAUGGCCGCGAUGACGGAACCACUGUGCUUAGAGAGAGAUGUGUGCAGAGUGAUAGAGUUGUUGGACAGGUUGCAGAGGAGUGGUGAACUGCCCCCUCCGAAACUCCAGGCUCUGCAGAGAGUCCUACAAAGCAAGUUCUGCGCUGCUAUUAGAGAGGUAUAUGAGCAGCUCUAUGAGACACUGGACAUUGUGGGAGGACCAGAGGUCCGGGCUCAGGCCACCGCUAAGGCUACGGUAGCGGCAUUUGCGGCGAGUGAGGGCCACGCCCACCCACGGGUGGUGGAGCUGCCUAAGACGGAUGAGGGGCUCGGCUUUAACAUUAUGGGGGGGAAGGAGCAGAACUCUCCCAUCUACAUCUCCAGGGUCAUCCCCGGGGGUGUGGCCGACCGCCAGGGGGGGCUGAAGAGAGGUGACCAGCUACUCUCUGUCAACGGAGUGAGUGUGGAGGGGGAGCACCAUGAGAAGGCAGUGGAGCUGCUGAAAGCAGCGCAGGGGUCGGUGAAGUUGGUGGUACGUUACACUCCUAAAGUUCUAGAGGAGAUGGAGGCAAGGUUUGAGAAGCUGAGGAGUGCCAGGAGACGCCAACAACAUACCAGCUACUCGUCUUUGGAAUCCCGGGGUUAA